AUGCUCUUCACCUCCCUCCUCGCCAGCCUGGUUCUCGCCUCCGGGGCAGCCGCCAACUCCUGGGGCGGCAACAACCUGCUCAUGCUCCAAGGCAUGGAGGAGAGCGCGCAGAUCGACUUCAUCAAGCGGCAGGCCGCCGACGGGAGCAAGGUGCUCCGCCUCUGGGUACGCGGCUACAAGAAGGGGUGCGAGAAGGGCACCAACAUUGCCAUCGACGCGCCCGACUUCGAGACCGAGCUCGGCAAGUACAACGACGAGACUCUCGAUGUCCUCGACCGCACACUGGGACUGAUACAGGAACACGGCCAGGGCAUGAAGGUCAUCAUCUCGCCGCACAACGCAAACGCCAUCUACGGCCUGUGGUCACUCACCGACGUGUACACCAAGUUCGGACCCAGGUUCUACAAUCAGGACGAGCCGCAGAAGAUCUAUGACAGUCGCCUCCAGCACAUUCUCGAGUACAAGGGCAAGCACACGGGCAAGGCGUGGAAGGAUUUCUCCGAGGUGAUUCUCGCUUUCGACCUGCAGAACGAGCCCUUCGUUGGUGCUAAGGACUGCCCCAACCUCGGCCAGGCGGACAAGCAGUGGGCGUGCAAGCGCGCGACGAACAUGCGCAAGAUUCUCAGUCCCGACAUCAAGAUCGCCACUGGAGGCCUGGGCGGCGCCAUCGACAACAAGUGCACGUUCAUGGCCGAGGCCAUGUCGUGCGACGCAAUCGACGCCAUCUCGGCAGCGGAUUGGAACGAGCAGAAGGGGAGCAAGCUCAUGUACGUCGAGGAGCUGGGCAUCGAGUGGCGCAAGAAGGGCUGGGACAUUGCCAAGACCUUUUCAGACGUGACGAGCACGCUGAACAGUGCCGGCGUGCCGUGGAUGUCGUGGAUGCUCAUCCCUGACGUGGCGGGCAACUGCAAGGACAACUACAACUCGGACACGGACUACAACAUCAUUCCCCUUGACAAGGCGGGCGACAUUGCCAAGGCGAUGAGCGGUGCUGCGGCCGCCAAGAGUGACCAGGAUUGGGGCCUCUCAGCGGGAGGCGGCAGCUCUGGCAGCUCGAGCACGCGACCGCUCAACCAGGGUAAUGGGACGUCCUCUGAUGUGAUGUCGCACACCAACGGCACUUCGUCGUCGGACAAUGGGACCACAACCGCCGGAGGCUCCUUGUCGACUGGUGGUUCCUCAUCCACUGGUGAGACAGCGUCCAAUGGCGGAUCUUCAUCCGGAGAGACCUCAGCUUCCGGGGAGACCUCGUCCGCGGGUGGGACGUCUUCUGAGGGUACAGAGACCUCGUCUCAAGGUGCGACCUCCCCGGGCUCGUCGACCGGUGGCUCCACGGAGGGCGGUAAGGGCAACUCGCAGGAUGACUCGGGCGGAGCAAAGAUGGGCGCUUCUUGGUCGAAGGAUGAUGCGUCAUCAUCCAAAGAGAAGGGCAGUUGGUCGAAGGACGGCGCGUCCGCGUCGAAGAGUGACGGAAAGUCGUGUCGGCUCCGAUGGUAG